AUGAUAUUGAAACCUAGUUCACUACUUAGAUCUGUUGUACAACCAAGACAAUGGUUAAGAUACACCUCAUCUGUUGCACCUUUGCAAGCUUCUCGAUUAAUUAUUGAAAAAACCAAUAAUCCUAAACCAAAGUUACCAAAAGACAAAUUAGUCUUUGGUAAAACAUUUACUGAUCAUAUGUUGGAAAUUGAAUGGACAAAAGAAAAAGGUUGGCAUACUCCGAAAAUUUCUCCCUAUCAUAAUCUUUCAUUAGAUCCAUCGACUAUUGUAUUUCAUUAUGCCUUUGAAUUAUUUGAAGGAAUGAAAGCAUAUAAAGAUACAAAUGGUAACAUUAGAACUUUCCGUGGGGAUAAAAACAUGAUUAGAAUGAACAAAUCUGCUGAAAGAAUUGCAUUGCCUACUUUUGAUGGUGAGGAAUUACAAAAAUUGAUCGAUAAACUUUUGCUUUUAGAUAAAGAUUUUGUUCCUGAAGGGAAAGGUUAUUCUUUAUAUCUUAGACCAACACUAAUUGGUACUACUGCCUCAUUAGGUGUUGGUACACCUGAUAGAGCUCUUUUGUUUGUUAUUGCUUCUCCUGUUGGUCCUUAUUAUUCAUCUGGAUUCAAACCAGUGAGCUUAGAAGCCACGGAUUAUGCCGUCAGAGCUUGGCCAGGUGGUGUAGGUGAUAAAAAAUUGGGUGCCAAUUACGCACCUUGUGUAAAGCCACAACUUGAAGCAGCUGAAAGAGGAUUCCAUCAAAACUUGUGGUUGUUUGGUGAUGAAGGGUAUGUGACCGAAGUGGGGACCAUGAAUUGUUUUGUAGCUUUUGAAAAUGAUGAUGGUACUAAAGAAUUGGUCACUGCUCCUUUAGAUGGUACUAUUUUAGAAGGUGUUACUCGUGAUUCUAUUUUGGAAUUAGCUAGAGAGAGGUUACCAAGUGAUGAAUGGACUGUAUCAGAACGUAAAUACACAAUUUAUGAAAUUGAAGAAAAAGCUAAUAAGGGACAAUUGAUUGAAGCUUUUGGUGCUGGUACUGCUGCUGUCGUUUCUCCUAUAAACAACAUUGGUUUCAGAGGCAAGAGUAUUAAAGUUCCUGUUGCCUUGGGCAAUUCUGGUGAGUUAACUGCAACUGUUGCUGAAUGGAUUAGAAAGAUUCAGUAUGGUGAAGAAGAAUUCAAGAAUUGGUCAAGGGUUGCAAAAUAA